AUGCAAAUAGAUUCUACCAGUCCUACAGCUAAUGAACGAUCCGAAGAACAAGCUUAUGGUCCUGUAACACCAAAAAAAGAGGCAGGACACGAAUGCGUACUGUCCAUAGCAGAAAGACGCUUGAAGUAUGAUAUUCCUGAAGCUGCAAAAACAUGGACUUUAUUUUCAAUUGGAAAUGCUUGGAGAAGGCAUAAAAGUCAACUGGAGAAAGAUCAUUAUGAUGCCUAUCAAAAUGAUGAAGUUCACAUGGCAAAAAGGCCCGAUUAUAUACCAGAAUAUCAGUUUAAAGAGCUCCUGAAAUAUUGGAGUUCUGAUAAACUACAGAGAUCAUCCGAAAUCAACAAGGAGAAUCGAAAAAAGUUGAUGGAUCCACACACUGCUGGCAAAACAAGUUUUGCUGAAAAAACAAAGGAACCUGUAUCACUUAAGGAGAUGUUUGUGGCCACAAGAUCAAGAAAACCUGGGCGUGCGUACAAGCACUCAGACGAAAAUACAACUAGUAAAAUUGCUGAAAUGGAAAAAAUUGAAACACAACAAAGUGUAGAUGGCAGUCAGUCUGUAGAUGCAUUUUCAUCUGUCAUGGGUCCUGAACAUCUAGGACGUUUAAGAUUAUAUGGACGGGGGGUUACAAAGACUACUUUGAAAGGAAAAGUGGGCCACUUCAUGUCGACUUCAAAUGCCACAAAUGAUACAGUGCAAGAAAUGCAAGAAAGGAUUCGAAAGAUGGAGGAACAAAUAGAGGAACAAAAGAGAACUAUACGACAAGAAAUUACUGCAUAUGUAAUUGCUCAACUUCAACGUGCAGGAUUAAUUAAUCCAAACAUACUAGCAACAUUGUCUAUUUUGUCACUAGAAGAAGCUACAUCUGCACCACAAGCUGCUAAUCAACUGAUCCGUCGACCAUCUACAGGUAGCAACAAUCAAGGCGGAGAACUUGAAGUAGGCGACAAAAGUGAUGAAGAUCUUACUUAGGAGUAUUAGGUUGAUUCAUGAUGAAACUAGAAAUAUUUUAUUUUUGUACACUUUGGAAACUUAUGUGUUCCAAUUCA